AGACUGAGGCUUAACUCAUAGAGGCGAGUUGUUGCACCUUAGUUCAUUCAGUGAGACUUGUUCAUUGAGCAAGCUUCAUCCUAAACCCAUUACGAUCGUGGGCUCUGUUAAAAUCUCCAGUUCCGACAGAACUAAGAACAGUUAAGUAAAAACAGUUAAAGCGACUAUUUAUCCUUAUAAAACAUCGGACACCACCCGAAGAUUUCUAUGGCUUUCAAACCAGAACAAGAAGUACAACCAGAGAAUAUUGAGAUGAUAGGAUGUCCUGUGCAGGAAAGUAGCUGUGUGAAAACCAGGCCAUGGCCCAGCUCUGACAAACAGUCACACAACCACCCCGGAGCAGUCGACACCAUGGGAACAAACUCGAAACCUGUCUUUGCUCAUGAUGAAGGCCUGACUGUUUGUGAGAUGACGGAGGAUGCGGAGGGGGUGGAAGAAGGAAAGAUGGAGAAGAAAGCAGAGGAGAAGGUGGCUGAGGCAAAAUUGGGGGUUUUGUGCAGCCCUGAGGGUAUGCCUCGGUCAUGCUUGUCACAGGAAGCUGAGCCCCAAUCUCCAACCAUGGCUGAACACAAGCCCCGCCCUGACGGCUCCUCUGCUGAAGGUCACAUAAAGGUCACUGACAGGAUAGCGGGACAGAAGAAGGUGUUCUGGAAGAGGCAGAAGGCAAAGCCCAAAAUGCAGACGGCAGAGGCGGCCGGGACGGAAGGUGGCCCCCAAAACACUCGGGCCCCAUUUCGUCUUCAGGACUUCAUGUGCUCCAAAAUUUCGAAACAUUACACUGUCCUGCUCCUACUUGAUUUAUUGGCAUUUCCCGUGAACAGCAAUGAGACUCCCAAGCAAAGAAUGUGUGCAGUUUGCUUGGAAAAGGACUGCGCAACUGGUGUGAGAAUAAUCUACCCAGCAGGCAACGACACAGCAGUUUGGUCGAAAGCAAGCUCCCCAACUGGAAUCCAAAAAUGCUCCAUGGAGAAUCUAAAGCCAGAUGCUCCCUGUAAGAUGGCUAAUGGUAGCCUUGUCCAACUGGCUAACGAGACGCUUCAUUUUGAAGGGGUGGACUCUUCUGGUGAAAGGCACACAUUCAACUCACAGAUUUCGCCCUGCGAUGAGCUUAAUCUGCCUCCCAGUUCCACGCUUUCCCCCACUCCCAUCCACAACACGUCCCCUCCUGCAGCUACGAACGAUCCAGGCAUCAUCAUUGGCAUCAUCAUCGGCAGCGUCAUCGGCAGCAUCGGCGGCAUUGGCAUCGGCAUCGGCAUCGGAUUUUUGAUUUGGAAGCGAAAGAGCUGUGGACAAGGACAGGACAAGGUGCCUGCUCAUGACCCUGAGGAUCGUAAUGAGAACACCAUGGAGAUGCAGCCUCUUAAGGAAGGAGUUGCAAACGGAAACGUUAACGGGGUCCAUUGAGAUGACAGCGUUGGGACUGCAGGAUAACUAAAAUCUCGGCCCUCACCCCUGCCCGCUUCCUCUUCCUGGUUGAUUCUCCUGCCUGGUCUGCCUCCCCCGAGCUACCCCUGCAUUCCAAAGAAAAGAAGAAGAACAGUUUAGUAGUUUUAAAAUGUCUGCGUGCCCUGUGUAAAACUGUAUUUUGAUAAAAAUAUAUCACAUGUAAUAUAUCACAUGUAUAACAAUACACUAAUAUAAUCAAUAUGUAAUCCAAUAAACCUAUAUCAGUAGUUGCAGCUAAGCUUAUGGAAACGCAAGAAACCACAGUGUACACUGUAGAAAAAAGCAAACGCUUAAAGCAGAAGGCUUAAACAAAAACCAUACUUACUCAGCAGAAAACUAACACUACUUUAUUGCCAAAUAAAGAUGCUAGAAGACAAUCGAGGUCCAAUUCGGCUGAAUUGAUCCGGCUUAGUGCACCUGUGCAAAUAAAGUCUAACCUUUCUGAAGAGGUGCUGCUGUGGUGUCUUUUCCCUCCUGAAAUUGUUUUCUACAGAUUGGCGUUGAAGUCUGUCGGUUCCUAGACACGACAGCGCUAGUUGUUAUUUAUUUUCGUUGCAAUCUUCUUGUAAUUUCCGUCAUAACAAUCAAACAAACAAACAUGUUACAUUUUGAAGUGCAAGUGGUUGCGUUUUUAUGUUAUUCGUUUUCUCAAUGCAUUUACAAUGUGGGUCCAGGUUUUUCCUCUGUAUGCCAUUUUUUCGGUUGAGAGAUAGGUGCGCGUGAACGCAGAUCUGUAACGUAAUUCGAACGCCGCCCAGAAGGCAUUUUCAAUGUGGUGUUUUAAAAGCCGUCGCAGCGUGUUCACACAGACAUAAGUGCGAUAUCAAAGCCGUCUCGAAAACUUCUUUUUUCUUCUGUGUGAAAGGGGUAUAGGAACAGCUAAGCCUGGAUUUUAAUAAACAGACUUCUUCACACUGAA